AUGUCGAUGACGCCCUCUCCGUCCGCGAUACCAACAAGCGAUAUGACUACGCCAGCGCCAGAGCCCCCGCUCAUCAACGAACUCGUGGGUGCUAGCUCAAAUGGAACGACGGCGAACACCGAGAUCUCGAGCCAAGGGCUCAGCGAAUUCCUGACCACGCUCCUCCUGAGCGCGGUCCUCGGUCUCGGCCUGUGGCUGCUGUUCGAGAUCAAGCGGAACAAGCGGAGCGUCUACGCGCCUCGUCCCGCCAAGCUGCCGCACCGCGCCCCGCCCGCGCUGGUUUACGGCCCGCUUCGGUGGGUGGGGACGGGGGCCACGCUCCCCGGUUCCGACCCCUUCCCCUUGGCAGGUAUGGACGCCUACUGCCUGCUGCGGUUCAUCUACCUUUGCCUACGGAUCUGUCUCUUCUCGUCCUUCUGGGGCAUGCUCGUGCUGACGCCCGUGUACGUCCUGGAUGGCUCAGAGGCGGUGAACACGAUCUACUACGUCACGCUGGCUAACGUCCCGUCGGGCAGCAACACUCUGUGGGUGACAGUGGUUUUCGCCUACCUGUUCACCUGGCACGCUCUGUACGUGCUGCGAGGAGAGCACCAGGCGUUUGCAGAGAUGCGGGAGGAGUUCCUCACCAAGGGGGAUCCGGACUUCGCCACGCAAACCCGGUACACCACUAAGGUGGAGAACGUGCCCGCCGAGCUUCGAUCUGCGGUGGCUCUAGAAGCGUACUUCGAAGACCUGUUUCCAGGGUGCAUUCACAGCGCGGUGAUGUGCCUCAACAUGCCCAACCUGGAGGCCAAGGUGGAGAGGAGGGAGGUCGUCGCCGACUGGCUCGAGAAGACGCGGUCCCUCCAGCUCUUGACCGGAAAAGUGGUUCAGCACAAAAAUCGACGCUUCCCUGGCGACUGCUGCGGGUCCGCUUCUGGGAUGUCGGAAGCAGAAUACCUUGCGGGAGAGCUGGCAAAGCUCAACGAAGAGAUCGAAAAGGAGCAGAAGGCGUUCCUCCAGGCGGCGCAACGGCUCAACUCCAUGGACGACCGCCUCAUGCGCGCGGCCAGCGUAGCCCGUAAGAUGAAAGGCAAGGAAGGAGGUGGACGGGAAGAGGAGGAGGGUGCAGCAGCGUCGUCCGAACGGCCGGAGAGCAAGGCGGCGUCUGUGGAUCAGAUCGACUUUUUCUUAAGGGCCAAGUCGCAGAAAGAGUCUCAGUGGGCCAUGCAGGAAGUGGACGACGUUUCGGACGUGUCGCCUUCCUCGCGAAGGGUCGACGAGGGGCGGACGGGGUCGUCGAGCCUGGACGUCGAGGGGGGGGGCGCCGCCGAAUCAGCAAGCGGCAUCGAAGAGGAGCUGGAGGCGAGGAGGAGACGUUCCAAGAACCGUUCUCCGAGCUCCGGCGGCGACGAGCUUAAGCCCGGCCCUCGCCCCGGAGUCACGUCCGCCUUGGACACGGACCAGCCGCUUGCCGGCGGGGCGGCGGGCCUGAUCGAGGCCGCUCCUGACAUGGCGAAGGAAGCGCUGUCUUCCCUCGCGUCCGUGGGCAACUCCGCCUUCAACACCACCAGGAGGGUCGCUCGCGGUGUCCUGUACCUCACCCUAGGCCAGCGCAUGAGUACCACCGGCUUCGUCACCUUCCGGCAAAUGGCGGCUUGCGCGGCUUCUAGACAGGUGCUGCUGGCGCCUCGGCCAGACUGGUGCGACUGCGAGCCUGCGCCGGACCCGCGAGACGUGGUGUGGAAGAACAUCGCGGUGCCCCAACCCCAGAACGACCUGAGACAGAACGUGGCUGCCUGGUUGGUGGCCGCGGGGGCCAUCUUCUGGUCUUUCCCGGUCCUGCUUAUCCAACUCUGGGCAUCUUACAGCGAGCUCGAGAAGAUCUUCCCGGUACUGGCCGACCUUGACCCGGACAGCUUCCUGUACUACGUGAUUGCGGGCUAUCUUCCGGUCGUCCUCCUGCUGCUGCUGAUGCUUUUGCUACCGUUCCUUUUCCAGGCCUUGGCCUACCGGUACGAGCGUCGCAAGUCUCACAGCGAGGUGCAGCAGUCGAUUCUGACGCGCUACUUCACGUAUCAGGUUGCGAACAUCUACGUUACCGUAGCGUCCGGAUCCAUCAUCUCGGCCCUCCAGGAGAUCCUCGACGACCCCGCCUCGGUGCUGAACAUCCUCGGCGAGACUUUCCCCGCCGUGGCGGUGUACUUCUUGGAUGUGAUCGUCGUCAAGAUUUUCGUCGGGCUACCGUUUGAGCUCCUUCGAGGGUGGCCUCUGAUUCGGGUGCUGUGGUCGCAGCGAUGCACCAACCGGGACUUUGCCACGGAGAGAGAGAUCAGAACUGGUCCCUUCGGCCCGGCGGAGCUCUUGUAUGGAUGGGUGUACCCGACCCUCCUACUGGUGCUUGUGGUCUGCUUCGUCUACGCUGUGAUCAGCCCCUUCAUCAUGCCCGCGGGCGCUCUUUUCUUCGCCUUGGCCUACCUUGUCUACAAGUACCAGGCCCUGUACGUGUACGUUCCCAAGUACGAGAGCGGCGGAGUCUUCUGGUUCAGCGUUUACCCGCGAGUGCUCAUUGGACUGGCACUUGCUCAGCUUACGCUAGCGGGGUACGUCUACGUCCGAGCGGGGUUCACCCAAGCCUCGCUGAUCUUACCGCUGCCAGUGUUCAUUUACUGGUACGGCUACAGGAGCUUCAAAAGGUAUCUCGGCCCCGCUGAAAGCAUCUCGAUGGAGACCGCUGCGAGGAUCGACAGGCGAGGAGCGUCGGCCAUGGCCGCGGCGGUCAAGGCUGCCGCCGAGGGCCGCAGGAGGAGGCACUGGGAGGACAGUGGCAGGCAGGAUGGCGACGAUGAGGAGGGCGAUGAGGACGACGGGGUCAACCCAGACGAGUUCGAGCCUCUCCUGUACGCGCAGCUGGCGCUCACGUCUCCCUCGGUGGAACCCAGCGAUUGCAGCCCCCCUGACCCGGAGGCACGAAGAACUCGCGCGGGUUCCGGGGCUCCCUCGAGCUUGGAGGGCGCGGGGGAAGCUUCCUCGGGGUUACCAAGCCCGGCGGCGCUCGCCUCUCUCCAAGCACCGCUCCUCGGAUCGAGGGCUGCGGCGGCCAGGGUCGCGGCGAGCGACGAUCGCUCGUCGAGCGCUGACUACGUAGAGGUCUAGGAGUGAUAGCGUGGGCAAUGAUGCAUGGGCUGGAUGUUUUGGGAGGGGUGACGUGACCCCGAGGGAGCGUGAUUUAGGCUCUACGGUGCGGAUGGAAAACAAGGCACAUGUCGAUGCCAAAAGCAACGGUCGACAUCCAGCACUGCUAAAUACAUCGGGCUUCUCUGUAUCGCCAUCGCGGCGAACAACAGUUGCUGUGCCAAACCCUGGCAGCACGUAAGAGAUAUGGGGCAGACAUGAUGACGGGUGUGUGUUUUUGUCUCAGUAGACCGGAAGAAAAUGUUAUAUGUUUACUCCCUGGAUGUAGACACGGCGGGGCUCGCGUGGAUACUGUUUGUUGUUUCCUUUCGAUAUGACGGGUGCUGUGUUAUCGUUUCUUUUGGGUGUGACGGGUGUUGUUGUAUUGAUUUCUUCGGACGUGACAAGGUGAAUACCCCAACGUCUCUGGAACGUUUGGAUAUCUCUACAGUAUCUUUCUGGACGACGUGGAAGACGGCAUGCAAGGAAAAAAUCGCAAAUGAAGACGCCGGUCCACGGAGUAAUUGCCAAUCAAACACCAGAUUGGGGUGUUCGUUGUGAGCAUAGUUGAUCGCUGAUCGGCGCAGGUUCCACUGCAGGAAAUGAGAUGUUUUUUCGG